UCCAGCGAUCCUGGGACAAACAUAUCACAAGGGGCGUUACCUGAGGGGGCGUGGUGUAGGGGGGCUGCCGCCGCCAUCUUUGUUGCGGGCGAAUGCAAGGUUUUUAUGAGCUGACUGUGGUGUUGGAUCACAUAGAAGACGUCCUCUCCGCAUCCUGCUGUCAGUGAUGGUCCCAUUCAGAGGCAGAGUGGCUGGAUCAUUGGUGACUGCACAUAGACAAUGGCCUAAGGGACACAGUAGCACCCCUGCCAACUGCGCCCAUAACAGAAUGGCGAAGCGGAUCCAGGCGCGGAGACUGGAGGGAGUGGAUGAAAAUAUCUGGGUGGAAUUUGUGAGCCUAGCCGAUAAGUAUAAAACUGUGAACCUGGGACAAGGCUUUCCGGACUUUUCUCCUCCAAGUUAUAUAAGAGAAGCGUUCUCCAAAGCCAUUACAGAUGAGCACACGUUACUUAACCAGUACACCAGAGCCUUUGGACAUCCACCUCUGGUGAAGGCCCUCGCCCAGCUGUUUGGACCACUUUUUGGGCAAGAACUAAAUCCUUUCACCAAUGUCCUGGUGUCAGUGGGCGCAUACGGUGCUCUUUUUUGUGCCUUCCAAGCUCUGGUGGAUGAAGGAGAUGAGGUCAUCAUCAUCGAGCCAUUCUUCGACAGCUAUGAACCAAUGACAUUAAUGGCCGGCGGACGAUGUGUAUUUGUUCCCCUGAGACCUCCUGCAGAUGAUGGAAAACCCCCAAAUAGCGGUGACUGGCGGUUGGACCCUACUGAGCUGGAAGCAAAGAUCAAUAAAAAUACUAAAAUUAUUGUGUUAAACACCCCAAAUAAUCCACUGGGAAAAGUAUUCAGUAAAGAGGAGCUGGAGGAAAUUGCUAAUAUCUGCGUGAAAUAUGACCUUAUAUGUUUCUCUGAUGAAGUGUAUGAAUGGCUGGUGUACGAUGGGAACCAACAUACACGAAUUGCUAGUCUCCCGGGAAUGUGGGACCGAACCAUUACUAUAGGAAGUGCUGGCAAGACAUUCAGCGCCACUGGAUGGAAGGUUGGCUGGGCCUUUGGGCCAGAUGGUCUUCUUAAACAUCUAAGAACUGUACAUCAGAAUUCUUACUAUCACUGUGCAACUGGUGCCCAGGAAGCAGUGGCCCGAGGAUUCCAGAAGGAAGUGGAGAGGCUAGGAAAGCCGGACUGUUACUUUGUACAGCUACGGGAUGAGCUGCAGAAGAAGCGGGACCGGCUUUACCACUGUCUUACAGAGGUGGGGAUGAAACCUAUGAUGUCCCAAGGCUCUUACUUUAUGAUCGCUGACAUAUCUCGCUUCAAAUCCGAGGUUCCCCCUCCCACCGACCACAGCGUACCUUAUGAUAACUACUUUACAAGAUGGAUGAUGAAACAUAAACAAUUGGCCGCUAUACCAGUCUCCGCUUUCUACAGUGCCCCUCAUAAGAAGCAGUUUGAGAACUACAUAAGGUUUUGCUUUGUAAAGGAGGACGUAACACUGGAAGCAGCAGAGAAGAUUCUACAGAAGUGGAGCAGGGAGUCUACGAGACCAAAGGACCAAUAACAGCAGCUAGUGCAGCAUAGCCCCUUAUGAAGUAACUUUACCGGAGCCAUUCUGAUUUGCACAUGUUAAUUAAAUUACAAAACUAGAAUAUUUUUUUUGUUUAGAACUAGCACGGGUGUUUUAGACAAAAUGUGACUGUGUAAAAAAUUUGGGUGCAACAGUGGGGCAGCAUUGCAGUCAAUGGGAUUCCGCUGCACAAUGAACAGUACAGAAUUACAGAAAAUCUCGCAGUGGCAGAAAAUCUUCAUUCUUUGUGUAAAGUACAGAGCAGAAUACAUUGUUGGCUAUUGGGAUCAGCAAUGUCUGCACUUUCCUAGUGCCCGGCCACCAUCAGGAUCCCUGCCCGGAGUUUAUCUGCAGUGUUCAUAGAGCUUAAAGGGGUACUCCAGCCCUAAGUCAUCUU